AUAUUGACGCGACGGCGGAGGGGCAAAGUUCAAGUGUCGUUGCCGCCAUUUCUAAGGAAGGCGUUUCCCGGCUCAAACAGUACCUUACGCCAACAAUUCGUGUUUUAACUCCACUAGUGGCCCCUUGAGAGGUCGACCGUGCUCUUUCGAUCGUUCCUCAACCCUGGAACCUGCCCCACGGAGUCGUUCUUGAGCACGGGGGUCUCUGUGGACUCACUCCCGGGCUGCUCGCCGGGUUUGACAGUUCCCAUGGCACCGCCUCUGGCCCCGAUCUCUUCACCUGGACCAAACCCGGCCAAGCUCCAGGGCAGGAAAGCUGAGUGUGUGAGCUUCGCGGACGUGGCCGUGUACUUCUCCCCGGAAGAAUGGGAGUCUCUGCGGCCCGCGCAGAGGUCCUUGUACCGGGACGUGAUGCGCGAGACCUAUGGCCACCUGUGUGCGAUCGGGUUCCGAGGCACCAAGCCAGCCCUCAUCUCCUGGGUGGAAGAAGAGACCGAACUGCGGGUUUCAGAUGCCCGGGAUUCCGUGGCGGGAGAGUGCCUGAUAGAAGCACACGCAGCAGAUUCCAGCAACACGGAAGUGAAAAGACUUAAGGUCUUGGAGAUCCUUUCUGUGGAUGAUCCAUCUACUGGCGUAAAGACUGUCAAAGGUCCUUCUGCCUGCCUCCCCAAUGGCUUAGAUCGGCCUUCCAAGAAACCUUGCCGGGGUCGCCCCCGACUCUGUGCCCAUCUCCCGGUCCCCCGGGCAGACCAGCGUCAUGGCUGCUACCUGUGUGGAAAGAGUUUUGCCUGGCAGUCCACCCUGACACGCCACCUGUAUACCCACACCGGGGAAAAGCCUUUCUGUUGUUCUGUCUGCGGCAAGGGCUUCAGCCAGGUCUCUUCCCUGAGCAAGCACCGAGCCUUCCACCUUGGGGAGCGUCCCCACCGCUGCCCUGACUGUGGACGGACCUUCACCCAGCGCUGUAACCUCACUACCCACCUCCGGGUUCACACUGGUGAGAAACCCUACCGCUGUGCAGACUGUGGCCGCUGCUUCAGCCAGAGCUCCGCCCUUUGCCAGCACCAGCGGGUUCACAGCGGCGAGACCCCCUACAACUGCCUGGACUGCGGGCGUGCCUUUGCCCAUGCCUCAGACCUGCGGCGUCACAUGCGCACACAUACGGGCGAGAAGCCCUAUCCGUGCCCAGACUGUGGGCGCUGCUUCCGACAGCGCUCUGAGUUGGUAGUCCACCGGCGUACCCACAGCGGGGAGCGCCCUUAUCCUUGCCCUCAGUGUGGCAGGUGCUUUAGCCAGAAGUCGGCUGUGACCAAGCACCUAUGGGUCCACAGGCCUGAUGCUGGGAUGCGCAGGCGCCGGGUUGCCAGUGGGUUGCUUGUGCCUCUGGUCUCUGGCCCAGGGGACCUGGACCCACCAGUGGGCUUUCAGCACUAUCCAGAUAUAUUCCAGGAGUGUGGGUGAUGGCCUCAAGGGUGAUAACGCAAAACACAAAGCUUUUCAUGUUGCCAGAGGUCCAGCCUGGGCUGGAGCCUAGUCCUCCACAGCACUUCUGGGGAGGUCUCAGCUGGACUCAGGCGAUGAGGCGUCGGCUUGACCUAGUGACGCUUGGCUCUCCAGGCUCCCAGGUCAGAAGCCCCCUUUGCUAAGUUUGAGCUGUGACCCCCCGCUGUCGGGGAGAGAAAGCUGCUUCUCAGCUUACACAUGUUGAGGAUUUAGGUCGCCAGCAGUGUUUUCUAGCGUUUUUUACUGCAGAAGUUACAGAAGGCCUGGUACUCAGUCUGGCCUGUGGCUUUCUCUUUGUCCUAUCCAACAACGACAUCAACAACAAUAAUAACUACAACAAUAAAACAA